AUGGCGUCUAUUACUCCCUUGUCUUCCAUCGGCACUUUUGGGUCAACAAACAAGGCAGUCACAAGUUCAUUGGAAAGCUUGUCUUCAUUUUCUUCUAUAUCUUCCACUCCUCUUGCACACAGAAGGCAAAAUGUAGUUAUGCAGAGAAGAAGUAGCCUAAAGGUUAAUGCAAUGGCCAAAGAGAUUUACUUAAACAAGGACGGGUCUGCUAUCAAGAAGCUACAGGCUGGUGUCAACAAGCUUGCAGAUCUUGUGGGAGUUACUCUAGGUCCAAAAGGGCGAAAUGUAGUGUUGGAAAGCAAGUAUGGUUCUCCAAAAAUUGUAAAUGAUGGUGUCACUGUGGCUAAAGAGGUUGAAUUGGAAGAUCCUGUUGAGAACAUCGGUGCCAAGCUGGUGAGACAAGCAGCUUCAAAGACAAAUGAUUUGGCUGGUGAUGGGACAACAACAUCAGUUGUUUUAGCACAAGGCUUAAUAACAGAGGGUGUUAAGGUGGUGGCAGCAGGUGCUAACCCAAUUCAGAUAACAAGAGGCAUUGAAAAAACCACUAAAGCCCUUGUUGAAGAACUCAAAAAGAUGUCAAAAGAAGUUACAGAUAGUGAGCUGGCAGAUGUGGCAGCAGUGAGUGCAGGAAACAAUGAAGAAGUAGGGCAAAUGAUUGCUGAAGCAAUGAGUAAAGUUGGAAGAAAAGGUGUUGUAACUCUUGAAGAAGGAAAGAGUGCUGAAAACCACUUAUAUGUUGUUGAAGGCAUGCAAUUUGAUCGUGGUUACCUCUCUCCAUACUUUGUUACCGAUAGUGAGAAAAUGUCAGUUGAAUUUGAAAACUGCAAGUUGCUUCUUGUUGAUAAAAAGGUAACAAACGCAAGAGAUUUAGUUGGUGUGUUGGAAGAUGCCAUAAAAGGAGGGUACCCGAUUUUAAUCAUAGCAGAAGAUGUUGAACAAGAAGCCCUUGCUACCCUUGUUGUCAACAAGCUAAGAGGCUCAUUAAAGAUUGCUGCUCUUAAGGCACCUGGUUUUGGUGACAGAAAAAGUCAAUAUCUUGAUGAUAUUGCUAUUCUUACUGGAGGAACUGUAAUCAGGGAGGAGGUAGGAUUGACACUUGAGAAUGCUGGAAGUGAGGUUCUAGGGCUUGCUGCAAAAGUGGUGUUGACCAAAGACACAACCACCAUUGUUGGUGAUGGAAGCACACAGGAGUUGGUGAACAGACGCGUGGCUCAAAUUAGAAACCUUGUUGAGGCAGCAGAACAGGAUUAUGAAAAAGAAAAAUUAAAUGAAAGAAUUGCAAAAUUGUCUGGUGGGGUUGCUGUUAUUCAAGUUGGAGCACAAACUGAAACUGAACUCAAAGAAAAGAAACUUAGAGUAGAGGAUGCUCUCAAUGCAACAAAGGCGGCUGUUGAGGAAGGGAUUGUGGUUGGGGGUGGGUGCACAUUGUUGCGCCUUGCUGCUAAAGUGGAUGCCAUUAAAGAGACUCUUGAGAAUGAUGAACAGAAAGUGGGAGCUGAAAUUGUGAAAAGGGCACUUGGGUACCCGAUGAAGUUGAUUGCUAAAAAUGCGGGUGUUAAUGGAAGUGUGGUGAUUGAGAAGGUUUUGGCGAGUGAUAAUUAUAAGUUUGGGUAUAAUGCUGCAACGGGGAAAUAUGAAGAUUUGAUGGCAGCUGGUAUUAUUGAUCCAACAAAGGUGGUGAGAUGUUGUUUGGAGCAUGCAUCGUCGGUUGCAAAGACAUUCCUUACAUCAGAUGCUGUGGUGGUUGAAAUCAAGGAGCCGGAACCCAUGGUUGCUGGAAACCCCAUGGACAACUCAGGUUAUGGUUACUGAUGAAGAAGAAUUUGGUGCAGAUGCUAAUGCUACUCUGUCUCUGUUCUUUGUAAAACCCUAUGAAGAAAGAUUUUUAUUAAAUACAUGUUUUCCUCCUCCCUUUUCCCAUUCUGUUUAGAGGUUGUUAGGUGGGUUAAAUUUUGGCGGAAAUGGUAUCAUCAAUCAUCUACAUUUGUAUUCGAGUUGAGAAAUCAAUAAAAAUAGUAGCAUUUCUUUGCA